UCUAACGUGCAAACUCAUUCACACUAUAAGUUACCUAAUAAAUUUGUUACGCAGCUCCAUACUGAGUUAGCGUCAUUUCUCAUCUGCAUAUAUAUCUUAGACGAAUACUAUAAAUAAAUAUGGGUGUACCAGCAGGUGAUGUUGAAAAAGGCAAAAAACUCUUUGUCCAGCGUUGUGCUCAGUGUCACACUGUAGAAGCUGGCGGCAAACAUAAGGUCGGACCCAAUUUACACGGCCUUUUUGGUCGUAAAACUGGUCAAGCACCCGGUUUCGCUUACACAGAUGCCAAUAAAGCUAAAGGUAUUACCUGGAAUGAAGAUACGCUCUUUGAGUACCUAGAAAAUCCCAAAAAAUAUAUCCCUGGCACAAAAAUGAUAUUCGCUGGCCUAAAGAAACCAAAUGAACGUGGCGAUCUUAUUGCCUAUUUGAAGUCAGCCACUAAGUAAGCGUCUGUGUCACAACAACGACAACAAAAAUAGCAAAAAUAAAUAAAAUAAUUAGAAAGAAACCUCACUGCAAAUACCUAUUACCACCACUAGAAACAAAAUAAUAAUAUUAAUAAUCAUCAUUGCUCUUACUUUUAAGUUCUUUAUAAAAUAUGUAAAAAAAAAAAAAACAAUUAAGCCACAAAAGUUAUUGCAUCACUAUAAAAAUUGUGGCUAUAAGGAGGUUUUCUUAAGCAAGUGCUGAAAAC